AUCAGUUUUGUAAAUUGUUUCAAAGCAAGAUGAAUAUAAUUUUUUUUGUUUUACUAGUGGCUUUUUUGAGCCAAAGAAGCUAUGUAAAGGGGGCUGAAUGCGAUUCCAAAGCGGAAAUUGUAUGUUAUUUUGGAAGCUGGGCAAUUUACAGGACAUAUGAGGGCCGCUUUACAACCGAACAAAUCGAUCCCAAAUUAUGCACCAACAUCAUUUACAGUUUUGCCGGUUUAAAUAUGGACUUGCUAAUUGAUUCGCUGGACUAUAAUGCCGAUAUAACUUUGGGUGGAUUCGCAAAUGUUUCGGCAUUUAAACAAGAAAAUCCUUGCGUCAAAACAACUAUUGCUAUUGGUGGUUGGAAUGAAGGGUCACUUAAAUAUUCAAUUAUGGCUUCAACAGAAGACCUAAGACAAAAGUUCGCAGAUAGCGUCAUAAAAUUCAUAGUUCACUACGGUUUUGAUGGUGUGGAUUUGGAUUGGGAAUACCCUACAGCCAGAGGUGGAAUACCAGCAGAUAAAUCCAGUUUUGUAGCCUUAUUGAAAACGCUCAAAGCCAGACUAUCGCCUUGGGGUUUUCGAUUGACCAUCGCCGUUGGUAUCGACGAUAGUUAUUACGAUAUCGAAAAUAUUGCUGACUAUGUGGAUUAUGUACAUUUAAUGGCCUACGAUCUGAUCACUGCAAAUUCCAACGUUACAGGACUCUUGGCACCAUUAUCCAUAAUAAAAGAAAAAAUCAACAUUUGGUUAACCAAAGGCCUACCUAAAUCCAAACUAAUCCUAGGCGUUCCAACUUAUGCUCGUUGUUUCAACUUGGAAGACUCCAAAAAUCAUGCUAUCGGUGCCCCUGUAACUACAACAACUUGUGGUGGAGCUUGGACAGACGAAGACGGAUUUUUAGCUUAUUAUGAGGUAGCAGAAAUGGUAAAUAAUCGCUGUCAAGGCACAGAAAUAUCAGAUGAUAACGUUUACUCUUGGUGCGGCGACAUUUGGAUGAGUUACGACAAUGUCCAAACCGUCCAAACUAAAACCCAAUAUGUCUUAGAUCAGGGACUUGGUGGUGUUAUGAUUUGGUCAUUAGACACAGAUGAUUUUAAUGGAAUGUAUGGAGACAAAUAUGCUUUGUUAUCGUCUAUUUACAAGACAAUUAAUGCUUAAUUAUUAAAUUGGCCAUAAAGUUAAAUC